AUGUCAGAGUUCUCCUUACUAACCGAUGUUCUUAUAGUUGGAUCCAAUCCCAAUGUAUCAUUUUAUGCUUGGAGAUUAUAUCAGGUAAAAGCAGUUGAACUUACCAUUGUUGAUUCUCAAUUUGAUAAAACAAGGCCAAUUGUUUGGAAAUCAUCGCUGUUGGGCUCUUCCCAAUACAUCCCGCAUGAAGCAUAUUCAUCAAUUCAGGAACUUCCAAGCCAUAAGCGAUAUGAUGUCAUUAUCUUAAGUUGUAAUUCGUUGCAAGAUUUCCAAGUAACUUGCUCAGGUUUAAGCAAGAUUAUUCACGAUAAAACAAUCAUUCUUGUUGAAAGUACCGGAUACAUCAACCUUGAACCGUUUGUCACUGCUAGUUUCCCCAAAUCGGCGGCUUCAUCGUUGCUCGUUAUGUCCAUUAUGAAUGAGAGUGAUGUACGUAAAACAUCAAAAAACACCAUUGUUCAUCAAGUGAGAAACAAGGAUUCGCGUAUUUAUUUUGGUGCAACUUCAGGAGUAUUAUCGUCAAGCAAAUUGACAUCUCAUCCUAGUUAUCAGAAAAUGUAUAAGCUUUUACAAUAUGUGCAAGAAAAUAGUAACGGGGCGAUCAGUUUGCUCAAAUCAAGCAACCCAAAGGAGUUUAUGACGUAUCAAUGGAAAUUGGCAUUACCACGGAUUGUGUUUGAUCCAGUAUUGGUUUUGUUUGAAAUUGAGUAUCCCGAACUUUUAAAAACUCAAAUUUUAUCAAAGCCAUUGAUUACUGGAUUGAUUAAUGAGUUAUUCAAACUUAUCAAGAAAAUGGAUUGUAAAUUAGUUAAAGGGUUUGAAAAUGAAGCCAACUUGUUGGAAAGCUGGUCCAAGUAUUACCCAGUUAAUAAAUCAAAUGACCAUUAUGUUAAUUCACCCAGGUUGUUUUACAACUUUUACCAUAAGCUUGAUCUUGAGUUGGAUUUAUUAUUAUUACAACCAAUCUUGUUGGGUGAUGAUAAUGGAAUCAGAACGCCAUACUUGGAGAACUUGUAUUCAAUCAUGUGUCAAUUUAACAAGAUUAAUCACCAGUCUUCAAUUUUUUUCAAACGUAAACUGAAUGACGAACCGGCAUCUGAUAGAAUAGUCACAGCAAAACAAUUGGAAGAAGAAAUUGCUGCAAAUUUACAAAAGCAAAAGAGUUUAGAAAAAUCAGUCAAGGACUAUGAAGUGUCCAAGAUUAGUAUGGAUAAUGAUGUUCGUAAACAAGAUCAAUAUUUGAAAACCAUUCAACAGAAAAUUAUCGACACAGAGACCAAAUUAUCCAAUUUGCAAUUUGAGUUUGAAAAGAAAUCAAGGUUGUUGGAAUCAGAACACGAAGCUAAAUUUAGAUCGUUGAAUGAACAAUAUAAUGAAAAGUUAAGAGAUUUAGAGUCUAGUUUUGCCAAACAAAAACUUGGUCCUAAUAAUAGUCCACCAUUAUCGAUCCCAGCGCAACAACCAACACCGUCUCAGGAUGAUCCAGCAAGGCCUAAUGCUAAUGGAUAUAGAGAGUCAGUCAUGAGCCAGGAUGGAUUAGCUGAUUUUAAACAUAUCGUCCAAUAUAAUGAUGUCGCUGCUAAUGGGUCUCUCGAUACUCCAAAAUUGCAGCCACCAAUGCAACCAAGUCAAGGACAAAGUUCAGAGAACUUUGUUGAUGCAGGAAAUGGUGAGAUACCUGCUCACAUUCUUCAAAAAGAAAUGGAAUUGAAAAAUAGAGAAGAAGCAUUGAGAGCUCGUGAGGCAAGGAAUGGCUGUGUUGGAGGUUAUCCCCAACGAAAUGGAGGUUACGGCAAUCAAUAUCCACCACAGCCAGUGCCCCCAGCACAAGCACAAGCACAAGCACAAGCACAAGCACAAGCACAAUCACAGCAAUUUCAACCAAAUGGAUACGCACCUCAAUUUAACUCCCAUCAUCAACACCAAAGUCUGUACUACAACCAACCUGGUUACUUCAAUGGUCCUCCUAAUGGAUACUCUGAUCAACAACCACCACAUGGUUUGCCUAGUGGUGGAAUGCCACCAAACCAAUUUCCUCCCAACUUGAAGUCUAACGGAUCAAUGACAAAUAUGAAUGGAUUUCAACAGCAGCAACAGCAGCCAAUGCAACCCCAAUAUAGUGGUUACAACCAAGCGCCACGCCGGUUGAACUCGAUGCCGGGAGGAAUGAAUAAUUUCCAAGACUAUCAACAACAGCCACAUCAGCAGUACAAUUCCCAACAACAACCACAACAACAUUAUGGAAACUCACCCAGUUUCAAUAAUGCAGCACCAAUUGAUCCAUUCAUAGAGCAAAGAUUCAAAGCUCCUAAAAAGAACAACAACCGUCGUUCACAAAUGCCAAUGAUGGGUAACAUAGAUGGAUUAGAUAUGGGUGGCCGUGGUGGUAUGCCAUUGCCGGGAGGAAGUCGGAAAUCGAUGGUACACCAAUUCAAUGGUACAGCACUCGGCCCGCCACAACAAGCAAGAAGGUCGUCGAGUAACCCGCUUAUGCUCAACAGUCAGCCACAACAGCUGCAACAACCAUCACAGCUGCGUGCUCAAGAAAACGGCCCUUUACAAUCGAACGGAUACUUGCACCCGCCAAAUAUGAAUAGUUCCUCAUCGUCAGCAAAUACUGAUGACACACCCAAGACUGGCGGUGGCGAGAAUGAAAAUAUUAAAUUACAAGUGCCAGUGGUUUUAGAUUACAAUCAGAAUGCCAAGCCAUUGGGUGGAAUUGCUGAACUGAAUAAAGAAAAUGGCGAUAAGAAAAAGAAAAAGAAGGGGUUGUUUGGUAAAAAGUAG